UUGAUGUUCGUGUUUUAUUGUGAAUAAAACCCACGAUAGUAUAAUUUGAAAGGAACAACUUAUCAAGAAGAUGGCGACUUCGCAGUCGCUUACGGGGCAGAUGCGCGCUGCCACGCGCGAGAUCCACAACGUCUCGGACAAGUACGGGCGUAGCUGCAUACUGCGAUGCGUGUUACGUAACAAUGAUUCGAUUUCUGUGUCUUUUAGUCUAGUGAAUCUGAAGUUGGUAGUGGCGCUGACGGACAAGCAGCUGUACGGCCGCGCGCUGAUGCUCUUCUACUACGUGUACGCGCAACUGGAGUCGGUCAUCCUAGAGCACAAAGAUCACGAAGCCUUUCGAGGUCUCUACGAGAUUAUCAACGUGAUUGCCAGGGCUGACGGCAUCGCCAAGGACCUUCGCUUCUACCUUGGUGAGGACUGGAGCACCAAGUACCAGCCAACUCAGGCCGUGCAAGACUACGUCAAGCAUUUGCAAGACCUGGAGAAGAAGGACCCGACCUUGGUGCUGCCGUACUGCUACCACAUGUACAUGGCGAUGCUCGCGGGUGGGGCGAUGAUCAAGAAGUUGGUCAAGAGAAACUUUGCGCCGCCGGAGGGGGAGGGGCUCAACUGUUUUGCCUUCGACGUCAAAAGUAACAAGGUGACUUAUGCGGCAAAUACUCAGAUUUGUUAGUUUAUUUUAUUGUCUGAAUAUUAACGUUGGUGUGUGUGCGGCAGGCUCUUCGUGACACGGUCAAGGAGAAAAUUGAUGCUGUAUCUCACGACGAAGAGACCAAGAAGCUCAUUCUCGCUGAGUCUAUGACGUGCUUCAAGAUGAACAACCAGGUUGUUCGAAGCCUCGACGGUGCAGGUAACCACGUGAUGAAGUUUAUCGUGAAAUGGCUCGUCAUCAUCUCCCUCAUCCUUGUGACGUUUUACGCCGUGCUGCCCUAUCUCAUCCGCCGAAACUAGUGCAGUCUUGUCACAUUUUGAAAUUACUUGUUGAUUUCCAUUCUGCGUUGUGAACGCACCUCUCACCCCAUUUAUUAGGCAAUAACGUCUCAAAACCGAGUCAUCUAGACACAAGUGGUUCUGCAACGCUAGUAUUGUCGUGAACACAUCGAAUACUAAGUAAGAGGCAUGAAUUUUAUUCAAUUACGCAGUAGUCGAGGGAGGCUACUACUUCAUGCAUUUCUUUCGAAAGACUGUUGUCAUUCUGUAAGAUUAUUUAAACAAAGAAUCAAACUACAAAAUGUCACUCGUGACUACCCCA